GCAAGUUCCUGCCUUCAAGGAGCUCAUAACCUACUGAAGGAGAUGCACACUGUAAGGGAAGAUGAUGCAACAAGAGUUAGUAGCCCUCACUAAGCACUUGGCACGUGUGUUACCUCAUUUCAGCCGCACAACAAUCCUGUGCUUAUCAUCACCAUUCUAGAGAUGCGGAAACUGACAUCCAGCGAAGGUGAAUCAUUUACCUAACGUCUUCAGCUGGCAAGUGGUGGAGCCAGGAUUGAUACUCAAGCUUUGACGUCAGAGGCCAUGCCUGCAGUCCCCACGACCAGUGCAACGGACAGCACAGAUAAGGGCCAUGGGGGAACACGCAGGGGUCUUGAGAAGCAAUGGCCACAGAAGCCCCUGUGAAUAUAGCACCACCUGAGUGUAGCACUGUUGUCAGCACAGCAGUUGACAGCCUCAUUUGGCAGCCAAACUCACUAAAUAUGCACAUGAUAAGGCCCAAGUCCGCCAAGGGACGGACAAGACCGAGUCUGCAGAAAUCCCAGGGUGCGGAGGUGUGCGUUCAUCAUAUACCAUCUCCACCUCCAGCCAUUCCCUAUGAGUCGCCAAGCAGCCAAAAACCAGGAGCCUGUGCACCCAAAUCUCCAAACCAGGGAGCUUCUGAUGAGAUCCCUGAGCUACUGCAGCAAGUACCCAUUGGGGCUUCCUCUUCUCUCAAUAAGUAUCCAGUCCUUCCUUCCAUCAACAGAAAGAACCUGGAGGAGGAGGCUGUGGAAACCGUUGCCAAAAAGGCCAGCUCACUGCAACUGAGCAGUAUCCGGGCUCUUUACCAAGAGGAGACGGGCACCAUGAAGACAAGUGAAGAAGAUUCCAGAGCUCGAGCUUGUGCCGUGGAGAGGAAAUUCAUCGUCCGAACCAAGAAACAGGGCUCUUCCAGGGCUGGAAAUCUGGAGGAACCAUCGGACCAAGAACCAAGGUUGCUGCUUGCUGUUAGAUCACCAACAGGCCAAAGGUUUGUACGCCAUUUCCGGCCAACAGAUGAUUUGCAAACCAUUGUUGCUGUGGCCGAACAGAAAAACAAAACCUCCUACCGACACUGCAGCAUUGAAACAAUGGAGGUGCCCAGGAGGCGAUUUUCUGACCUCACCAAAUCUCUGCAAGAGUGCAGAAUCCCCCACAAGUCUGUGCUGGGCAUCUCACUGGAAGAUGGGGAAGGGUGGCCCUGAGUCCACAGCCACCCAGCUGAGGUCCUGGGUCUCUGAGCAAAGGAGCAUGCUUGGGCGUUGUGGCCUCCUAGGCAGCCUGUUUCAAGUGCCAUGUGGACCUGGUGCAGCUGGGAAGCUUGGGACUCUCGUCUCCACUGCGUGUCCUUUGAAGCAGUGAAGUCUGUGCCUAUGCCGAGCGCGCUAAGAAGUCUCCCUUCCAGCUGUUCCAUUCUCUCCACCACUAGCGUAACUGGCAAGUUACCAAGGUUGUUCCUGAAACAGCAGUGAUCAUGACUUCUCCUUUCCAGAGUUUUGGGUCCUUCUGAAUUAAUGGUCCUUUUGGAACACCACCUUGCCUUUACAGUGAACUGUGAUUCUCUUGAAGCCAAUGCUUUCCUGUCUGUAUUUGAUGCAGGAUUAAACUUCCCAGAGAGGAUUCUAGUCUGGUAAAUAACCACAGUGUAGGAACUAUCUAACUGGCAUUUGUGUUUCUUGCGAGUAUUUUAAAGAAACAGGCCGUUGACCCCAUCUUUGGAAGUAGCCCUUUGCCAUGCAUGGUCAGUUUCUUAGGGAUUUACUAUUUGUGUGAGGUGGCAUCUAAGGGAAGAAUGGGUUUUCUUCCCCAAAACAUCAGCAUUUCUAAAAUAGUCCUAAAGCUUGAAAGUAAGUUGCUUCCAUGAGCAUGGAUUACCCAAUAGCUACUUUUUAAUAGAGACUGACUAGGUUUACAACUUCUGGGAGCUACUCUGUGGGCUGAAUUCUUCCAAAACUGAGAAAAGCCAGUGCAAUCUGAUUUCUUUUGCUUUUGUCAGUAAUGGAAUCUUUUGUUUUUAAAAUGUACAAACCUAUAAGUCUAAACAGGUUUGUACUGACAACCUCCUUGGCUUAUUUGGGGGUGGAGCAAUUGUUUUAUUCCCCAGUUUCAGUGCGUUGCCCACUUCAAACAUGGCGUGUCCUUUGGAGCUGUGACAGAGGUGCCCGUUCUGACUUAGAACCUCUGGAGGAGGAGGGGGGUGCCUUGGUCUCAUGUUACUUUGCUGUGCCUGUGCUGAGAGACCAUGUGCCCGAGCAUCUGGUUGACCAGCAUGAAGUAUAUCAGCCUGUCUUAGCCUGAGCUGCUUUGAAGACCGUGGGGUCUUGUGUUUCCAACUUUGAAGUGCUGAUGUGGACAGUUUGCCAAUGUUCUCUUCUAUUGCAAGUUCAGCCAGACUCCAUGACUCAUCUGAUCCCUUUUAUGGCCAAAUCAUCCUUCAGAGUAGGGAACACUCAGACAUUCUGUGCAUGUUGUUCCCCCAAAGCAUGGUCAUCACAAAGUCCUGAGUUCUGGUGUGUGCUCCCGCCUCCUGGGUAUACAGAGAGAAGGCAGGAAUCAGGAGUUCCAGAAGCAUAUACAUGUGGCUACCCCAGCAACAAGCGCAUCCUGUGCUCAGAUAAGCUGCAUGGUUGGGAGUGUUUUUUCUUGCACGUUGAGGCUUAGUGGAGAUGGGCACCACUGCCAUUUGCUCAGAAGAAGGCUGGUCUGGUCCUAACUGCAUCCCACACUGCCCAGAUCAUUCUAGAAUAGGUUAUUUCUGAAUGUUUUAUAGAAUUUCUUAAUACCAUCCUGGUUUGGUCAGCCAUUCCUUUGAUUGGAAAGGUCAGCUGGGGCCAGUGGUGCCUCAGGCAGGCCCACACAACUGGCCACCUCUUCCCGUUAAUGACCACAGCAGACAGAAUUUGAGCCCAGCACCUGAAAGUACAGGAAUUUCACUUCCCACCAGGACUCGAGCACAUAACUCUGUGUCUGAUCUAGGAGGCUGGGGGAAGAGCCUCCCAUAAAAUCACACCUACUCUGUGGUAAGAAUAAAAUCCCACCCACCUGGGACUUGGUAAUUUCUCCAGACAGGAAAGCUUUAGAAAACUUGAGUGAAAUGGAGCAAGCUUGAAGGAGUUAGAAUCUUCUGUGCUUAGGGUUUGCUGCUGCUGGUGAGCUUAGAAUUUUGGGGUUGGGAAAAAGUGGAAGGCAUAAGCAUAGAAAUAUUUUAGGAUAUUUUAGGAUAUGUGAAUAAAGCUAGACUCAAACCAUCAUAAUAAACAUUUUUUUGGACAAAAGAUGAUACGAUAAAAAGCAACUUGUGUGAAA